GGUAAUACAGCUCCUGUAUUAUUACUUGUAACAUCGCAUUAUGACGGAUUUCUUCAGCUGUUGUUAAUGGUCAGUGCGACUCUGGCGUCGGAGCCGCCUAGUCCAGCGUGCUCCAAAUACGACUUCGAGGAAAAGGUUCUCGAGAAAAUGAUUCGCAUGGAGUUCGCUUUUGAAAAAGUGUUGAACGAAAACAAAGUUGUGAGCGAAAAAAUGCAAAUAGCUUUUGGGAAAUUCAGCGAAGUGAUGAAACGAGACUUUAACACAAUAAAAGAGGAGAACGAACGUCUGCACGUGAUCGUAGAUGAGAUGAAAAACCAACAGGAGCAAGCAGAACGUAAACUUGUUUCGCUCAUGGAGGAAAUCGAAAGGAACCAAACUAGCACUCUGGAGGAAGUUAUGACUGAUUCUAACAAUACGUUGGAACAAAUAAGUGCCUCAUUCAAUAACAUAAAAGAUCAAAUCGCUACUCCACUGGUGUAUUUCCACGCUCGCUCUCCACAGACCUUCACCCUGUCCACAGGUGAGGUGAUCGUGUACAAGACAGUGGAGACCAACCAGGGCAACGGCUACAGCGCUACCACGGACCAAAUCGCUACUCCACUGGUGUACUUCCACGCCCGCUCCCCACAGACCACAACUCUGUCCACAGGUGAGGUGAUCGUGUACAAGGCAUUGGAAACCAAUCACGGCAACGGCUACAGCUCCACCACGGGCAAGUUCACCGCUCCAGUACGGUGACUCUACUUGUUCUUCAUGCACACAUGUACGGCUACAAACAAAAAUGCUUAUCUCCAGUUAGUGAAGGAAUGCUCAGUCCUGAUUGCAAGUGUACAGCGUGACAUGGACUAUCAUACCUGUUCUAGUAGUCAGGUGAUUGUUCAGCUUGAUGCCGGGGAAACCGUCUGGGUACAAUGCUCCAGUGGGGCCUCGGGCGGACAUCUGUAUGAUGAUUCUUAUCGAUGGACCUAUUUUGGUGGUGCUCUCAUUCACAACUGACGUGCUUAGGUCAUUGUUCAUAAAAAGCCAAAGGCUGAAAUUACACAAAGAGUAAAUUUCGCAGUGAUUAAAGAGUUAUUAAAAAAAUUAAAUUAUCAUCAACAAUU